AGUCGCUCUGUUUGCUGCCUGGGAGUUGCAGGACACUCCUCAGUCGAGGCUUGCAGGGCCGUUUUCAGUAGGGGAUUUCUAAUUUUAGGAGCCUCUGCUGCCUAUGGUUGAGCGCUGCCUUGCUGGAUCCCAGAAGAGAGGGGCUGAGCGGAGCCGAGCCAGGCAGCUCCUUUUUAUUUUCAGCUGAGCUAGUGUCAACCUGAGUGGCCCCAGAGGCCCGAGCCAAACACUGCGCAGGGCUGCCAGAGUCCUUCCCACAAGGCUGAAAGACGGAGACUCGGGUUUGAAGCUUCCAGUCCUGUGUCCAUUUGGCCUUUAGCUGGAGGAUCUUUGGCUAUGUAUGGUGUGUAUUGUAUGGAUUACCAAUACCCAGUCGUCCAGGGUAACCAGGAGCCAGCAGCAACUCCUGAUGCAAUGGUGCAGCCAUUCACCACAAUCCCAUUUCCGCCACCCCCACAGAAUGGAAUUCCCACAGAGUAUGGGGUGCCACACACUCAGGACUAUGCAGGCCAGACCAGCGAGCACAAUCUGACGCUCUACGGAAGCACGCAGCCACAUGGAGAGCAGAGCACGAACACGGCCAGCACGCAGAACGGAUCUCUUGCAACAGAAGGAGGGGCACAGACAGAUGGACAGCAAUCACAGACACAGAGCAGUGAGAAUACCGAGAGCAAAUCCACUCCAAAACGACUUCAUGUGUCUAACAUUCCCUUCCGUUUUCGAGAUCCUGACCUUCGGCAGAUGUUUGGGCAAUUUGGCAAAAUCCUUGAUGUAGAGAUAAUCUUUAAUGAGCGUGGCUCCAAGGGAUUCGGGUUCGUAACUUUCGAGAAUAGUGCUGAUGCAGACAGGGCCAGGGAGAAAUUACACGGCACCGUGGUAGAGGGCCGUAAAAUCGAGGUUAACAACGCCACAGCGCGAGUGAUGACCAAUAAGAAGAUGGUCACACCUUACGCAAAUGGUUGGAAGUUGAGUCCUGUGGUUGGAGCGGUGUACGGCCCUGAGUUAUAUGCAGCGUCCAGCUUUCAAGCAGAUGUCUCGCUGGGCAAUGACGCCGCAGUGCCCCUGUCAGGAAGGGGGGGUAUUAACACUUACAUUCCUUUAAUCAUUCCAGGCUUCCCCUAUCCAACGCCACCCACCACAGCAGCCGCAUUUCGGGGAGCCCAUCUGAGGGGCCGAGGAAGGACAGUGUAUGGGGCAGUCCGGGCGGUACCUCCCACAGCCAUCCCUGCCUACCCAGGAAUAGUCUUACAGGAACCAAUCAUUAGCGCUAAAAUACCUCAGGGUGGAUACGCAGCCUACAGAUAUGCACAGCCUGCUACUGCAACAGCAGCCACGGCCGCUGCAGCCGCUGCAGCAGCUUACAGCGAUGGUUAUGGCAGGGUGUACACAGCAGAUCCUUACCAUGCCCUUGCCCCUGCCGCUAGCUACGGAGUUGGCGCUGUGGCGAGUUUAUACCGAGGUGGCUACAGCCGAUUUGCCCCCUACUGAAGUGACGUGAGCCCCCUGCAAGUGGGACAGCCCCCCCAGUUCAUGAGGCCUGGCUAUUGCAAUAUUUACUAGUAGAGGAACUCUAUAGCAAGACGAGGAGGAAAAACAAAAAACAAAAGAGAAAAUACUUUUUUAUACCUCACUAUGUUCUUUGAAUAUGUAUUUUUUUUCCUUUAAAUUUCUGCCUUUAAUUCUUUUGUUCCAAAGAUUGUGCAUUUUUUUGGUUUGUUUUUUUGUGGAUUUUUUUAACUGUGGUAAAAAUAAUGCAUUUCCGUGUCUGUAUGUUGGUGCAUAGCUUAUCCUACCAAUCACGGAAAAGGCGAUUAGCGAUAAGGAAAGCUGUUAGAAACCGAUAUCAUGCAGUUAAUCAGGAACACGCAGAGUUACUUCCCUGGCUCUGGUGCUUGGUGCCUGUGAGACAGGAGGAUGUGAGGGAGAAGUCUCCACCUGCCGUGUUUCUGGUCUGCAGAAGGAAGCACUCUUUUGCUGUGGCUGGGACCUUAAUGCUGGUGGGAAGUAGUCAUUUACAUUCGAAAAUGGGGGAAAUGCAGAGACUUUCCUCGUUUUUGUCACCAUCUGACGCACACAGGUUUGGGACGGUUUCAGCAGUGUCAGGAUUUUAGACUUGGCAAGAGAAGAUUUCCUCAACCUGCCCAAAGACUUUGGCUGUUAUCUGCUGUAUAGGGGACAAGACUUUGAAAAGAGUUUUUGAUGAGGAUGAUCUUUCCCCACCCCACACAACUUAUUCUAGCUGAUUGUUGUCCAUUGCUGGUGGCUGUAAUUAUCUUAGUUUUCCUUCCUCCUUUUCAAGAUCUUUCUCCCUUGCUGUCCCUUUCCUCCCCUUCUUUCCUCGAGGAGUGGCAGAUGCAGUGCAGCAUCACACAGAGUACCUCUGUUGUGGACAGCAAGCGGUUAAACUUGCGGAGGUGAAGCGCAUGCAGCCUUGCAGAGGAAGAAAGCUAGCAGAAGAACCGUGCAUCAGUGCCAUGCUCAGGUGCUCCAAGGUCCAGCGUGCAAGGUCUCUCCUGUUCAUCCUGAGCUGCUGAGGCGCUUCUGCAAGUAAUCUGUUUCAAAUAACAUGAGUGAGGAAAAACAAGUCAUGUAUAAGCUGCUUGAGGCGAGGGGCAAGGAUGCGGAUUUGUGUGGGGGAAGAGGGUCUUCUAUAUCUAAACGUGAUCCUGAAGUAGUUUUGUUUCGGUCAGGAGUUUAAGGGGAGGCAGAAGCAGUUUGUGCAAGCUCUGAAUUCAUAGGAACUUCCCACCACAAGCUAUUUCAGGCCUUUACAUAGUUGCGUUGGAGCCCCUGGGUCUUUCUUGCCCAGCCUCUCAUAGAAAGUUGUGUACCUGAUCUGCUGAGUCCACAUAGACACUACAUAUUAGAAGAUUUGGAAGCAGAGAGACUAUUUAGGGGAGGGCUCCAUGACUCCCAAGACCAUCUCCCUUCUGCUCUCACGAACAGUGAUUUCACUGUGUUUCAAAGUCAGCAUUUUUAGAUGACUGCAUGAGCUGUGCUGUGGUGGGGAGUUGCUGCUCUCCAGACCUCCCUGCUCAGCUGCUGGCUCCUAGAGUGCUCCCAGUAACCCCAGUGAUCAGAGGCAGGGUCUCCUAACCACAUGUUAGAGAAAUGCAGAGGCGUGGUUUUAUUAGGCUGCCUCAACUCCCUCGAUUUGGUACUGGGGUGAGCUCACGGCCCCCAGAAGGGCUGCUUGGAGCGUGGGUUUGUUGGUGGAGCCUCUCCCACUCCUGUCGUACACCUGCUUCUCCAUCCACCGCUGAUACCAGAAUAGGAAACCUCCUGCAUUUAAACACUAAACGAUGUCAACAAGCAGAGCUCCCAGGGAGGUGUCCUGGCCCAGCCACGCACAACCACGCAUUUUUUCGCUCUUCCCCAGCGAUACACGUAGCCUCUUUGUGCGCAGCAGAGAGGAGGCACCUCAAAUGGGAAGAAUGGGGAAGCCAUUAGUUAAGCUAGAGACCGUGAAGCUAUUGAUUCUCUGGAGGAAUAGCUAGAUAAAGGGGACACCAAACUGCCAGCCUGUUGGCCACCUUUUUGUUUUUUUCUUCUGGUUUUAUUGUUGGUUUUUAACUUUUUUUUUUUCCCAAGCCAAAGUUUGGUUUGUUGCUGUUAUGACAAUUUUUGUUGUUUGUAUAUAAAUAUUUUAGUUAGCUUGAGAAUGGGGAGGGGGGAACAGGGUGGGGCUUUCACAAAAUCUAGGAAAUGAGGGGGACUUGAGGCGUUUGGGGGCUUUUACUGUCUGAGUUGGGGUAGGGGAGGGAGGACUUGUGGUAGAAAUAGUCAUAUUCAAGGGGAGCCAUUUCCACUGCAGGGCAUCCAGGGGACUUCCCGAGCUGAGAUGCAGCAAAAGCCUCUACUGGACUUGUUCUACCCGCCUGUGGGGCAGAGAGGCUGAGUGACGCCGUCCCUUCCCUUGCCUGCAGGCAGUUUCCUCAUGCAGCAGGUCUGCAGGCUGCGAGUGAGAGGAGCGCAGCUUGCAGAGCCCGGCAGGGGCAGUCGCUCGGCCCUCUGCCCCUUUCCUACGUUUCAGUUCAGCUGGUUCUGACUGCAGCUCCUGAAAAGCUGGGUUCUCCCUCCCCGAGUGCCCUCCCCUGCCCUGGCAGUGCCGCCUGCAAUCCCCCCCUGCCACUUGGCCUCUCUGGGAGUAGGGAGGCCAGCCCCAUUUCUGCCUACGAGCAGAGUCUAUGCAUGGCAGCUUCAGCCCGCCCGAGUAUAUCAGGAGUGUAAGGGGUUUAGUGCAGAAGCGCCCAACCUUUGCAGGUCCAUGGUCCCCUGCUAUAUGAUCUCCGAGUAAUACCUGCUCUAGACCAUCCAGCCUGAUUCCUCCUGUAUCCAAGCCUGACCUGCUCCGGUCGCUCCCUGCCAGGCUCCUCUGGUGCAUUAACCAACCGGUGUCUCCCCGACUCCGUAGUUAACGCUGCAAGAUCCCCACUGAGGCAGCUCACUGAUAGAGAGGCUUCUUGCUCUCAGCAGUGAGCUGCAGAGGGGACGCCGGGACCCUUGCUCAGCUGGGGGCCGGAGGUAGCUCGCUGGUUCCAGGUCUCUGGAGCACCAGGCCUCCCAAAACCUUGCACGCCGGCUGGAAUUUUGCAGCAAGGUUUCUUGAGUGAGUGUUGUGCCGUGGCAGAAGAGCUCUUCAGCCUUUCUUCCCUCUUGGCAAACAACAGCUCUGGUUUCACUCAGAUGUGUUAUGAACUGGCUUGAGAUGCAUUCAGAGUAGCCAAGUUGUGGCUAUAUCCAUCUUCUGAAGAAGUGAGGACAAAGCCUAUAUCUCCCUAUGCAAAAUUAAUUACACUUAAUGAAUUAAACUGGGCCCUGGCUUAUUUGACUGAUGGCAGCUAGUGCUUGUCCCCGAGAUGGGUCUGCAGUCACAGGUCCUUCACAAAGCAGGGCUUGGCUUUCCGAGGGAAACCGCACAGGCAGCCUGGCAAAUAGCUUGCUGUUUGUCACCUUCUAGUCUGGUGGCAUGCGGGAUUCCUCUUGAUGCAGAGGAAAAGAUGUUUCUUUAAGUGUUGCUGUUUGUACUGUCUUGCAAUAGGUCUGGCCAGCACGUGAUAUUAUACUGAUAAAAUUUUGGAUUGAAGAGUUGAUUUAUUUAAUGUGCUGGUCUGUCUUUCCUUGUGGGUACAGUUGUGCUGGUACAAAGAUGACUUCUGCUGGUAUAGUAUAUUCUCUACUGGGAAUAAGUUAUAUUGAUGCCCAGCAUGUUGACAAACUGUUGUCACUGUCGCCGUGCUAGGGAAGCUGCACUGUUGUAGGUGGGUUAGCUUUUCUAAGAAAAGCCAUGAAUGGGACCUGGAGACAACUGGGAGCUCGGUAUGAGCCUGCUAUAGCCAGCUUUUCCCAGAUUAAGCAGUUACGUGGAUCCUGUGUCAUGAGUUCGGAUAGACAAAGCCAUGUUUUAAAAUAGCUGUGGCUUGGCUGUUUCAGUGCCCGAGAGAGAGCAGACUUGCCCAGCGAGAAAGAGCGCUAGCUCAGGAGUCGGAGACCUGUCUUUUGGGCAGGGCUCUGUCAGUGAUCCUCAAGGGUCAUCGUGGAGCAGUCGUGUCGCUACUCUAGACUUCACUUCCCGGUCCCUAAAGUGAAGUGAAAGUUUAUCCCCUGUUCUCGCCCAUUUUGAGAUCUGUGGAUGUGAAGUGCACAGCAAGAGCUGAGGAGGGUUAUCUGAAUAGCUGGCUCGAGUGCUAGUUGUGAAACGGUUAAUGAAACCAGUUCCUUGCCCGAAAAGAGACGCUGGCUGCUGGGGUUUCAAUUCCAGCACCCAGAGCUUCGGUAGCAGGGAAUGCAAAGCAGAGCCUCCCAGUUCCUACCCAUGUUUUUCCCCAACCCAGCCCUAUCUGUAUCUUCCCAUCCUUGCCCUGAAGAAGGAGGCAAGUGGAGAACAGGUUUGGGGAGCACUUAGGAAUUCAAUAAAGGGAAACCCAAACAACGGCUCUGGGGAGCGCUUUUGCUGAGUCUAGCUCCAAAGGGAAAGCACGUGGGCAGCCUGGCAGACAGCCUGCUGCCUGUGACCCUCCAGCCUGGCAGGGUCGGGGGAAUGCUGUCCUUGGUGCAGAGGGGUGAUUUUUUAAGUACGUUACCUGUUUGCACUGUUUUAAAAUAGGAGGGGGGAAAACAAAAACCCCAACCUAGUGAACAAGAUGAACAUCCAAUGUAAACUUCUUUGUGUUUUUAUUUUGUCAUGCUCUUGGAAAAUGUCAAACAUUUUGUAGUAUACACCAGUGAGACUUGAUUCUUUGUUGCAUAAAACACUAUUUUUGGUGAUGUUAAUGUCUGAAAAGCCCCUUCCCUCCACCCCCACCUUACCGAUUGCCCUCUCUGCCCUCCAACCCCAGUAAACUUCUCUUCUACAAUGAUGAAAACUCCAGUCAACGAGGCAAGCAGGAGUCUGAUAGCCAGAGCGUGAAAUGGGGCCCUUUUCAAGCAGGCUCUGGGGUUUUUCCCUGGUACGCUUUGCUCUAGCCAGGAGUUGGCAGGAUAGCCCCUGUCCCUCUGCAGCACGUGCAUCGACGGCAGCCUAAACGGGACUUCGGAUGUCCAAGUCCCGUCUCCGUUGCCACUGCUAACCCUGGAAGGCAACUUCUUGCUGGUAGUUGAAAGUGCUGCCAGCGGUUGUCCUCGCUGGGUAGCGGGCUGCAGCUGGUCCAGGCUUGUGCAGGAGACAAGCUUCCCACACUGCCUCUCGACUCAUGGUAGAGCAAGAAUGCAUCAGCCAAAAAUCUUGCCUGAUUUCGCCAGGAGAUUGCUGGUGUCUAAAGCCGUCCACCCGAAUAUUCAUUUGGCUGGCAGUCAGCAAAAUGCCGGUUAAUCUUGGGAAUGCUUUUUCUUUUUUUUUUUUUUUUUCUUUUUUCUGAAGUGGGUCAAUAAAUCUCUUGCCAGAUUCCCAGUUCUCUGCUGGUGGAGGGGCUUGUUGCUUCCCUGAGGAGUGAAUUCCUUACAGAAAUCGGGCCUCCCACAUUAGUAGUCUCAGUUUUGGUCAUGUUUUUCUAUUUUUUUCUGUUCACAGUAUUUUGUGUGUGCGCGCGUGUUGUAGUUUUGGCAGCUUGAUUUGGCUGCAUUAUCAAGUGACGAAAUAAUCCUCUUUUACCCCAGGGGAUAUGAUUUGGUUUUGGUUUUUUCUUUUUUUUUUUUUUUUUUAAUAUGAUAAAUCCUGCUUGUAAAUAGCUGGAGCUAAAACCUGGGGCUGAUAGCAAAUGAGAACCAGGGCUGUAGAGCGAUACGGAGCUGGUGGAGUAUUUUACUGACCUCACAGGCUGAUCUACUUGAGACUUGGAGAUUUUCAGUGCAAGGCUGAGAUGCCGCGGCACCUCCAAUGGCAGCGACAGACUUGCCCCUUCACGCGGUCUCCCCAGCACCUCCCAUUGCCAGGUACCGCUGGGGAACAGGACAUGUCCCGAGUGGGAUGCGUUCCCUUCCCCUGGAUCAUUUCCUAGGACGCCCGAGCCGCUUGCCCAGGGUCCCAUUUCCCUGCUGACUCUGGAGAAGCAGUAUCUGCAUCCCAGGGCUUUGUGACAGCCUCUAACUUCCCGCCCUCCCUCGUUAAGUAUCAUAUUGUAUAGUAGCUUUCAGACCAUACAGUAUUCAUUGGGUUAUUCCUAUUAUUAUCAAGUAGCUGGAAUUGUGAAGGUCGGAGUAGUUAGAUCUUUAGCUUUUAUUCCUUUUUUUUGUAUUACUAUCCAUGUGUAUAAAUUAUUGAUCAUGUUGCUGGCUUUUAUAAACUCUAAGCAAGGGGGGAAACCCUUCCUAACCCUUUGCAAAUGGUAAUGAAGCACUGUUUUUAAAUAAAAGAGAGAAACACCAG